AAGCAAGGUACCUACAUACUGCUAUUCUAUGUUAGGUACACAACAAGAAACGACAUUAGAAUUCAUUCCAUUCGCACCACCCCGCCGAGCCAGUCUGUCCUCCAGCUUCGAAGUUUUGAGGCCUGUAGAGGAGGCACAAUUCAUUGUCGUGAACCUGGUAGAAUCCAUCUCCUUGAUCUAGUUCUAGGAUUCGACCUACGAACGACAUCGUAGAUACGCCCUAGGAUCGGCGAUUGCUGCAGCUGUAACUGAUCUCGACGGAAAAGGAGCUUGGCGUAUUAUCGCAAGCAUCCCGACGAUAUGGACUAUGAAGCCUUAAAGGAGCAAUGGAGCGAGGUUGAGGAUCGUGAUGGUGUUCGACUUAGUUGGAACGUUUUCCCCAGCUCUCGGAUGGAGGCAUCUCGCCUUGUUGUUCCCAUCGGUGCCCUCUACACCCCUCUAAAGGAAAAGCCAGACACUCCUCUGCUGCAGUUCGAGCCCGUAACGUGCAAACAGCCGUGCCGCUCCGUCCUGAAUCCUUUCUGCCAGGUCGAUGUCCGAGCACGCCUAUGGAUUUGCCCAUUCUGCCUCUCGAGAAACCCCCUCCCACCUCACUACAAGGACAUCACCCCUAACGCCAUCCCGCCCGAGCUGCAUCCCUCUAACACCACUAUCGAAUAUCGACUUUCACGACCCGCUCCUAGCCCGCCAAUCUUCCUUUACGUCGUCGAUACGUGCCAAGAGGAUGAUAGCCUUUCGGCCCUGAAGGAGUCGCUCAUCAUGAGCUUGAGCCUUCUUCCCGAGAAUGCCCUGGUUGGCCUGAUCACCUACGGCACGAUGGCGCAAGUCCAUGAGAUAGGGUAUACCGAGUGUGCCAAAUCGUACGUUUUUCGCGGCAGCAAGGAUUAUUCCGCCAAGCAAGUUCAAGAAAUGUUGGGACUUCUCGCUCCCAGCCUCCGCCCUGGCAUGCCGCAGCAGCAACCUGGUCGACCUAUGCUUCCUAUGGGACCUGCCACCAGGUUCCUGUUACCAGUCCAGCAGUGCGAAUUCCAACUCACUAAGAUUCUCGAGCAGUUACAGAAGGACCCUUGGCCCGUCGCUAGCGACAGGAGAAACCUCCGUUGUUCUGGCGUAGCACUUAGCGUAGCUGUAGGACUUCUUGAAUCGUCUUUCCAAAAUGCUGGUGGCAGGAUCAUGCUCUUCGCCGGCGGCCCCGCCACUGAAGGCCCAGGAAUGGUCGUCGGGCCUGAGCUCAGAGAGCCUAUUCGCUCGCAUCAUGACAUCGACCGCGAUAACAUCAAGUAUUAUAAGAAGGCGUUAAAAUUCUACGACAACCUUGCGAAGCGAACCGCACACAAUGGCCAUAUAAUAGACAUAUUCGCCGGGUGCUUAGAUCAAGUAGGAUUGCUCGAGAUGAAAGGCUUAUGUAACUCUACCGGUGGUCACAUGAUCCUCACGGACAGCUUUACCUCGUCCAUGUUCAAGCAGUCAUUCAUCCGCGUCUUUGAAAAGGAUGCGGAUGACAAUCUGCUAAUGGGCUUUAAUGCGGUGCUUGAGGUCCUGACUACGAAGGAGUUAAAGGUAACGGGCCUAAUCGGGCAUGCUGUAUCAUUGAACAAGAAGUCGACAUCUGUAGGAGAGACGGAAUGUGGUAUCGGCAAUACGUGCUCGUGGAAGAUGUGUGGCAUUGAUCCCAACGCGAGUUACGGGGUAUAUUUCGAAAUCGCAAGCCAAGGCGGCCCUACGCAACAUCCACAAGGCCAGCAGAAAGGCAUGAUGCAAUUUUUGACAUAUUACCAACACUCGUCUGGGCAGUUUCACCUACGCGUAACAACUAUCGCCAGGAACCUAAGCGGCCCUGCCGGGGAUCCUGCCAUCGCCCAGUCUUUUGAUCAAGAAGCGGCUGCGGUACUUAUGGCUAGAAUUGCCGUCUUUAAGGCCGAGGUCGAUGACGGUCCUGAUGUCCUUCGUUGGGUAGAUCGCAUGCUUAUUCGGUUAUGCUCGCGCUUUGCCGAUUAUAGAAAAGAUGACCCUUCGUCGUUUAGACUGGAGAAGAACUUCACUCUCUAUCCUCAGUUUAUGUUUCAUCUCCGGCGAAGUCAGUUCCUCCAGGUCUUCAAUAACUCGCCUGACGAGACUGCUUUCUACCGCCACGUAUUGAACCACGAAGACGUGAGCAAUUCUCUCAUCAUGAUACAGCCGACCCUGGACUCGUAUACCUUCGAUCAGGAUGGCGGCCAGCCAGUCCUUCUGGACUCGACCUCCAUUCAACCCACGCAUAUUUUAUUGUUGGAUACAUUCUUCCACAUUCUGAUCUUUCACGGCGAGACUAUCGCGGAGUGGAAGAAGGCAGGCUACCAAGACCAGGAGGGCUACGACAAUUUCGCCACAUUACUCGAACAACCGAAGGAGGAUGCAAGGGACCUGAUCGCGGACCGCUUCCCGCUCCCUCGCUUUAUUGUAUGUGAUGCUGGCGGUUCGCAGGCGCGGUUCUUACUCUCGAAACUUAACCCUUCGACAACCCACACCUCGGGAGCCUACGGAGGUGUCGGCGCUCAGACUGCUCAAACCAUCUUUACCGAUGAUGUGUCAUUGCAAACCUUUAUGGAUCAUUUGAUGAAGCUGGCUGUGAGUGGUACGAACUAGGCCCAGAGUUGUGGUUCAGUGAGGGUAUCGUGUUUGCCCGGCUAGGGGGGACUGUGGCGAUAGGACCAGGUGUUGAGGUUAAAUACCAGUAUAAUGGACCAGGCGGACUUCCUAUCCUAGACUUUAGUUUUGGACUGCGAUCAACUUAUAUACAAAACACAAGUCGGCGCAAAGACGUCCGUCACCUCAUUGUUAUUGUACACAACCUUGUAUCGAUGCUUAUCAUGCCCCUUUGACCGUUCAACGACAGCGAAGAAAUAAACAAUUCCAGCCUGUUAGGCUUACCUCCUACCUACUACAUAGUCACAGAUCUGCAAAGACAUUCACGUCUUGUUUCUGCUUG